GCCUGUGCAUUUCAAAGUAAUCUCACAUUUGAGGAGACUAACAAUUCCUGUUUUUGCCAGCAAUCAAGUUGAAGAAACGUUUCCACUACUUAAAGAGGUACCUGUAAACUGUAUUUAUUCAGCUGUCCCAAUGGGAUUUUCUCUUAGUAAAUCUGCUACUCAGGUGUCUGCUAUGCGUAUGGAUUCGAAAGUGGAUGAUCACUUAAUGCAAGUGGCUGAGAAAAGCAAGCUGGAACCAGUGACUCAGUUAUUUCAAAACACCAAGAAAAUAAGAUUAGAAGACACAAACCAAGAAAACUUUACAAGAAGUAAAGAGACUGGCACAGGAUCUCUUUCAGAGAAAGCCUUGGGUUCAGUGGUAUAUGUUAAAGAAAGUGAUGGGAUAGAAAUGACAGAUGUGGAAUGAAGUUAUUUGUACAUAUUACCAAAGAAACCAAAAAUUGCUUUUGACUAAAAGUGCAGUUGAAUGAGAACUUAACCUUAUUAGGAAAACCUAACAAAAUGAAGGAAGACAACUGCUUAUUUUUCAGUAUUUAUGAAUCACCUUAGACUGCAUUUUUUUUAAUGAUACAUAUUCAAAAAAGUUGCUUUAGGGAGAAAAGGCUUUCCAAAAUUCAAAGCAGAUUUCUCUGGUAUUACAUUCUAUCUUUGUCAAAAAUCAGAGUUUUUGAGCAACACUAUUUAAAUGGCACCAAAACAUGUUAAUUAUAAUGUAUUUCUUUAACAAGUGAUCAAAAAACAAAAAACAGGGCCCAGACAAUUUGACAUCGGUAUUUCACACUAUUUCUGGUGUACCAAUUUUGUAUGUUAGAUUUCCAGUUUGGGAUUUUGCUUCAGGGUACUUUAUCUUCCUGCAUUUUUUGCACUUCUGUUCUGUAAAAGAUCACUGCAGAUAAACUCUGCAAAAGACCAGUCAAUUGUGUAGCUUGGGAAGCAUUUCACAUUUCACAUUUUAAAUUAUCCUUUUAAAACUGCUUUUUUUCCCCCAUGUUGAAUUCAUUUCAAAGUUACAAAAUAGUUAUUUCCAAGUGUAAUAAUUUUUCUUGCAGAUGCUACCCUUUUAUACCACCAUUAUUUAAUAUAAGAAAACAGUCUAGUGUUAAAAAAUUCUUGUUUUAUGUAGGUAUAUCAGUUUGUCAUUCUUAUUGAAAUAUCUACUAGUUUGAAAUAGCAGUAUUGUCCCAAGUAAUAUUAGAUAAAAUUAAAACCA